AUGCCUAGAUAUGUAAAGUUCAUGAAGGAGAUCCUAUCUAACAAAAUGAAGAUGGGAGAUUAUGAAACCGUAGCAUUGACUGAAGAGUGUAGUGUUAUCUUGCAAAGAAAGCUCCCGCAAAAGUUAAGAGAUCCUGGUAGUUUUACUAUACCAUGCACCAUUGGGGAGUUUGAAUGCAAGCAUGCAUUGUGUGAUAUGGGGGCAAGUAUAAAUUUGAUGUCAUUGUCAGUAUUUCGUAGACUUGGAUUUGGAGAAGCGAGGCCCACGACCGUCACAUUACAGCUGGCAGAUAGAUCAGUCAAACACCCAAGAGGUAUUAUAGAAGAUGUGCUGGUAAAAGUAGAUAUGUUUAUUUUUCCGGUGGAUUUUAUUGCUCUUGAUAUGGAGGAGGAUGAGAAUGUCCUAAUUAUUUUGGGGAGACUAUUUUUAGCAACCGAGCAAGCUUUAAUAUAUGUGAAAAAAGGAGAAUUAAGGUUUACAGUGCAAGGUGAUGAAGUAGUAUUCAAUGUAUUCAAGGCCAUGACCUAUCCGAGGGCGAGUGAUAGUUGUUAUUUGGUGGAUGUGAUAGAUGGAGCAGUAGCAAAUCAGAGUAUAAAAGAGGCGCUGCGACCCGUGUCCAAAAAUUGGAAUGCACCUCGUCUCUGA